UGUGAAUUCACAGGCAAGCAGCCAACCCUCUGUCCAGUUUGUCUCCAUGACAACAGGAAAUAAACAAACAGGGUAUCAUCGAGACAUUCGAAGCCACUCUCUGGUGCCAUGUCCACAGCCGAUAACUGAUCACACCGGAUGCCACCUGGUGUUUUACAAUGCCACCCAAAUCCAACAAAUCAAAGUCCAACAGGUCCAAGUCCACUAAGAAGACCGGGAGUCAAAAGAGAACUAAAAAAAGAUCCACCAGUGCCAAACCCACAGACGUGGACCUCCUCAGCCCAGCAGCUAUGGAGAACGUCUACUACAUCUCUCACAACGCGGUCGACUGUUUGCAAUUCAGAGGCUUCGGGUCGCCCAAGUCAAACAAAAAGAAAAAGAAGGGAACCAAGAAAAAGAAGAAAAAGUAACAUGCAUGUUUGCCAAAGGCCUCAGCAGCAGCACCAUCAGGUGGAACGAUGUGUCAUUUCACACAGCGAGGCUUAGACGAAGAGAAAACCGAGAAAGUGCAGUAACACGGACAGAAAUGGAAGAAACACAUUCAACUUUUGUGCCAGUAACACAACCAAGCCUGUACAUGUAUUCUCAGCAACUUUAUUAUACUAAAGAUUUACAAUUGCAUUCUAGAACGUUUGAGAAAAUAUUGACCUGCUGCAAUGCAAAAGAAAGGCAAGAGCAUAGAAUAUUCAUUUUCAUUUGGGAGGAGAUUAGAGUAAAGGUUCAAACACCACAGUGCUCUCCUGGACAUCCCCAGAUCCCCCUUGUUCUAUAAAUCCAGUCUUUAAACAAUUUAGAACAUUUGGCUACUGUCAAACCAUGUGGAAGGCGCAAAACAAGCUGUUCCAGGCACGGUCAAUAUUCUGCAGGUACACUUCCUGUAUUUCCAUAAAUGUACACGCAUUAUACAAUAACUCUGUGAAAUAAAUAGUUUAUCUGCA